AUGGCGUCAACGACCCAAUGCAUGGCCUCGAUGGCCCGUCUGAGCCUGGCCAGCUCCGCAAGACCCAUGGCCUCUACGAUACCGCGGUUCCUCGUCCCUUCCGUCGCCCAGGCGCGAUGCGCGAGUAACCAGGGCGCCAAGAAGACGGAGAAGAAGAAGAAGAAGGUGUCCAAGGACUUUAAGGCCUACAACGUCAAGAACUGCCCUCAGUUCUCCUUGUGUGAUGCCAUGCGCUACCUGCGCGCCCACGAGGUCGGCCGCCCUCCUCAGUCCAUCAAGUACGAGAUCCACGUCCACCUCAAGACGCCACGAAACGGCGCCGUCGUGAAGAACCGCAUUCGCCUGCCGAACCCCGUCAAGUCGGACGUCCGUGUCGGCGUCAUCUGCGAGGAGGGUAGCGCCGUCGCUCAGCAGGCCCUGCAAGCCGGCGCCGUCGUCGCGGGCCAGGAGUCCGUUUUCGAGGCCAUCCGUAACGACCAGAUCUCCUUCAACCGUCUCAUCUGCCACACCGACAGCGAGGCUGCCCUCAACAAAGCCGCUCUGGGCCGCAUCCUGGGUCCCAAGGGUCUGAUGCCCAACCGCCGCAUGAAGACCAUCACCGACAACGUCGUGAGCUCCAUCCGUGAGACCAUGGGCGCCGACGACUACCGCGAGCGCCAGGGUGUUAUCCGCAUGGCCAUCGGCCAGCUCGGCUUCACGCCCAAGAUGCUGGCGUCCAACGUGAAGGCGUUUGUGGGCCACAUCAAGAACGACAUCGCCGAGCUCGACGGCACCUACAAGGAGGUCCACGAGGUUGUCCUCAGCAGCUCGCACGGCCCCGGCUUCAGCUUGAACGGAAACUUUGAUUCGACGGAUGAGAAGGUCACGCCUGCUCACCUGUCUGGCAUCAUGUAA